AUCAUCAUCAUCAAGAAUUUUUACUAUAGUAGAAAAAUUAUGCUAAAGAAUUGAUUGUUUUUUUUUUUUUUUUUUUUGGAAUUUAAAAACAUCAAUCAUCAUCAUUAUCAUCAAAUUUCAUUUGUUAUAUGGAAGGACCGUAAAAAAAGAAUAAGAUUAUUAUUUUACUACGUACGUCAUAUAUAUAGCCGAUAUAAAAUCGACAAUUAAAAAAAAAGCGAGGGAGAAAAAACCUAUACCAAUAACAGUUUGGUUCAAAAUUCAAUCAAUCAAUCAACCAUAAUAAAUAAUAAAAAAACAUUCUUAAACAACGACAACUAACACGACGAACGAUAACAACGUUGACCGAAUUAUUUGGACAUUGGAACCAUUUUCAUAUUGGUGUAAAAAUGGAAACGAUCACGAAUAAUAUCCCAAGUGGUGUUAUGGAUGAAGAUGCCGUACGACGGAUAUUUCGUUCAUCCGAUGCUGUUUGUUUUGAUGUGGAUUCCACUGUUUGCCGUGAUGAAGCUAUCGAUGAAUUGGCUAAAUUUGCCAAUAAAGAAAAAGAAGUUAUGGAAAUGACUCGACGUGCAAUGCGUGGUGGUUGUAGUUUUCAUGAUGCUCUUAGUAAACGUCUACAAUUAAUUCAACCAACUGUGGAUAUGGUUAGUGAUUAUAUACGUACACAUCAACCACGAUUUACACCUGGAAUUAAAGAAUUAGUAUCAUUAUUACAUGCAAAUGAUGUUGCCGUAUAUCUUGUAUCCGGUGGAUUUUAUUCAAUUAUUGAACCAGUUGCCAAAGAAUUACACAUUCCAUACAAGAAUAUCUAUGCGAAUAGAAUAAAAUUUUUCUAUGAUGGAAAUUAUGCCGGUUUCGAUGAAUCGGAACCAACAAGUCAACAACAUGGUAAAGCUAAAGUAAUUGCAUAUCUUAAGAAUCGUUAUAAAUAUCGCACAGUAACGAUCAUUGGUGAUGGUGUUACCGAUAUGGAAGCCUAUCCACCAGCGGAUGCAUUCAUCGGAUUUGGUGGUAAUCAAAUACGUGAAAAAGUUAAAAAAGGUGCUAAAUGGUUUGCCACUAGUUUCUAUGAUCUAAUCGAAGAGCUUAAGGUGGAUUCAUAGAAUUUAUGAAUAUUUUUUGUUUGUUUGUUUGUUUGUUUUUUUCGGAAAAAUCUAUCUCUUAAUCACUGUAUACGAAAUGAUGUAAAAUCAAUAAUGCCAAAAAAAAACAACAUACACACAAACAAACAAACAAAUAUUUUCAACAAGCUAGGAAAAAUGAAAAAAAAAUUUUUUUAUCACUUCCUUAUCACAUACCCCUCUGCCUUCACAAGAAUAAGAAAACAAAACAAAACAAAACAAAAAUUCUGUAUGUAUAAAAUGAAAUGAAAAA